AUGACCAAAAAUAAUCUCAAGCAGCACCUUCGUUGGCUUGUCGACCGCGGGCAACCAGACUUUGCCGCCUUGGACGUGUUGUUGACGCGAUCUGAUGAUGAUACCGUGAACGUUCACAUAUCAGCACAACCACCAUUAGCAGCACCUCGGCCAGUAAAUACGGGAGGAUUGACGAAGACUGUGAACGAAAAGAUAUCGACGAUUUCGAAGAAAUACGAAAAUGUGGAAUUGAAAGUCGAUGGUGAUGGAGACUCUCUGUUGCAGGACGCGAAUAUGGCACGACUGAACCUCCUUUCCUCGUCGGCAUCGAAGCCACGCAUGCUUAGCAUUGCAGCAAGCAAUAGAAGCGACGAUACAAGACCAGCAACGCCGGGAUCUGACGCCCGUAAGGAUUAUGCGUUGGAAAAUUCAAGAACCGGAGAUGCUACAUUUCGUUCUGCUCCAGCUACCAUAGUAUCGAGCCCGACUCGUAGGAAACUAAACGGGCCAUCGACGAAACUGGGGCCUAUCCUUUCCUCGGAUUACAAGUCCCAGUUCGGUGACAUCGAGUCUAUUGAUCUUACCGGUGAUCUUGAACCAUCUACUUCCUCCGGUACAGUUGACGUAUUCGGUGAUUCGCAAACAUUAUGGCGAGAAGAUUAUGCUAUGCGGCCGGAACCCAUAGCUCGACAAGGCAAAAAGAGAAAGAGUGAUGAGUAUCAGUCGGAUCUAAGGUCGCCCAAUAGAAAUCCUCCUCGCAGGAACACAUCACGUACGCCUGAUGAUGACGAUGUGCUGGCUGACGAUAUCACGCCAAAAAUUUCAUCAGAUCCGCCUAGUUAUGAUAUCUCGUCGUCACAAGAAUUGGCUCGUCAAUCACCAGUUCGUUCAGCCGUUUCGAAGAAACCAACUACCGUCAAUACAAGCAAUAAACCGAGGAACAAAAGAAAUACCCAAGAUGAGGAUGUUGAUCGCCUGUUUUCCUGGGACUCCGAGGAAGAUGCUUUUGAGCAUCCAGCUAAACAGAAGACUCGUGCGAUUGGAGAAAGGUUAAACUCGAGGGACUGCGAUCUGAGGAGAUACUCAAAUGUCGGGACCACACCAGAAGAACGUCUAACUCCGGCUCAGCCGAAGUCGGUUUCACCUAAAAAGACUUCGCCCAGAAAGAGACAAGCUCUUGUCGAGACUGUGACUUCUACACCAUUAUCACAACGUACUCAGAACCCCGACGUGGAGCAAUUUAUGUCCCUUCAUCCAGGAGUUGUGGACGCAGCAAUCGAGAAAUUGAAUAAGGACUUGGUCGCCAACGCAAACAUUGUGGUGCAGCACGCCAUUGAAGGGGAACUCCCACCCCCGGAACUUGUGGCUGAAGGGAAGGCUGCUCGAACAAAAGUCGAAGCGUUGGAAAUUUUGAGAACGAAAAGAGUUGUAUAUGAUGAAAAGAAAUUAAGGAAGCAACAACUCAAAGACAUUAUGGUGAAAGCAGUUGCCGACGGCGGUGAUUUGACUGGUCUGGCAGCAGAGAUCAAAGAGAGCCAAGAUAUUGCCAAGGAGCUUCAAACGAUCGAAGCUCAGUUGGGCGACCUAUUGUCAGUGAUCGAUAUGGAUCUUUCUGCUUUUCUUCCACCUCCUCAACUCGCGAACCCAGGAAAAGCAGUACUACCUGCCACGCCACAGACACUUGUACGGCCUCUUGCGCAACCCGUUCCCCAGAGAUAUCAGACCGAUACUCCACCAAUAUUACCCUCGGAAGGUGGUGCUACAAGUUUGAGUACAACUUACCGCAGGGAUGUGUCGGCUUUUGAGGAAAGCAAUCCCUAUCCUACCAGAACGCCCUCGAAUCCUGCCGGGGCCUUCAUUACCUCGGAUGAUUUCGACUUUGAUGAGGAAGACCUCAUAGAAGCAGACAAUGUCAUGUCGACCGCACAUUACGACCCUCCAGCAACCUAUUCUGAUAAUCGCAGGAUCUUUGGUGAAACUUCCGGAAAUGUCAGUCGUCAACCGCCGUCGCAAUUGACUCAGAAACCCACGGCUGCAGAUUCCAACUCUAUGCUAUCACAUCCUUGGUCGAAAGACGUAAAAACAGUACUGAGAGAUCGUUUCCACCUUAAAGGCUUCCGACCUCAUCAGUUAGAGGCAAUUAACGCUACGCUUGGCGGAAAAGAUGCAUUCGUGUUAAUGCCCACAGGAGGUGGUAAGUCGCUGUGUUAUCAGUUGCCAUCUGUGAUACACAGCGGCCAAACCAAAGGAGUUACCAUCGUCGUGUCGCCUCUACUCAGUUUGAUGGAAGAUCAAGUUGACCACCUUCAAAAAUUGGGAAUCAAAGCAUACUUCAUCAACGGAGAUGUAAGCACCGAGCACAAGAGAUGGGUGAUGUCCACUCUUUCAAGUCCCUACGCAGACCGGGAGCUCGAAUUGCUCUAUGUCACACCUGAAAUGAUCAACAAGAAUGUGGCCCUGUGUGAUAUCCUCCAAACACUUCAUAACAAUAGAAAAUUCGCUCGUCUGGUCAUAGACGAGGCUCAUUGUGUCAGUCAAUGGGGACAUGAUUUUCGUCCAGACUAUAAAGAGCUUGGAGCUUUUCGCUCGAAAUUUCCCGGGCUCCCUGUCAUGGCAUUGACCGCGACAGCGACUGAAAACGUGAAAAUCGAUGUGAUAAACAACUUAAGAAUGAAGGAGUGUGAAGUCUUGAGUCAGAGCUUCAACAGGCCCAAUCUCACAUAUGACGUCCUACCUAAGAAAGGUUCCGCGCCAGACAUUAUUUCACAGAUAGCAGAUAUCAUCGAAACUUCUUAUCGAAGAAAAGCUGGCAUUGUUUACUGUCUAUCUCGAAAAGAUUGCGAAAAGGUCGCCCAGGAGCUUUCAUCGGGGUAUGGUAUCAAAGCGACGCAUUACCAUGCGGGAAUGCCUUCCGAAGAACGGACGUCAGUCCAACGUGACUGGCAAGCCGGUAGAUAUGAUGUGAUUGUCGCGACCAUUGCUUUUGGUAUGGGAAUUGACAAGCCAGAUGUCCGAUUUGUUAUACAUCAUACUAUACCCAAGAGUCUAGAGGGUUACUAUCAAGAAACCGGCCGUGCUGGACGCGACGGAAAGCGUUCUGGUUGCUAUCUGUUUUACAGCUAUAGGGAUACCGCUGCGCAAAAACGCUUCAUUGAAACGUCUGACGGUGACUGGCAACAGAAAAAUCGUCAGCGGCAAAUGCUUCGACACGUUGUACAAUUCUGCGAGAAUCAGAGCGACUGCAGAAGAGUUCAGAUUCUUGCUUACUUCAAUGAAUCUUUCGAUGUCUGUAACUGUCAUCGCACUUGUGACAAUUGCAAGACGGAUGAAGUCUUCCAGACGAUCGAUUAUGCAGCACAUGCGAAGAAGGCUGUUCAACUUGUCAAAUUGUUUCAUCAGAGAGGGGAGGAUGUAACACUAUUGCAUUGCAUUGACAUCUUCGCUGGAAAAAACAAAAAGAUGAAGGGCGAUCAUGCUCAAGUGCCGCAAUACGGUGCUGGUACUGAUAUGGAACUCGGAGACGUUGAACGAUUGUUUUUCAAGUUAGUGGGCGAAGAUAUCCUCGAGGAGUGGUCCAAAACGACAAGCAGAUUCACCCAUCGGUACGUCAAACCGGGUCCGAAGGCCUCUCAGUUUCUCUCAUCAAGAUCUCCUUUUACAAUGCAAAUACGCGCUUCGUCAAAGUCAGCCAAGAGGUCAAGUGGCGCCUCUCGCAGCAAUACGUCUACUGGUGUGUCUGGAGCGUCAGACUAUCAUCCCCAGUCCACCAAUGUACCUUCCCCUGUACAAGGUUCACGUCGGAAAGCCGCACCGAAACCGAAAAGCAAGCGGGGAGUUCCCCAAGCAGUUGAUGAUGAAGAUAGCGACGGCUUCGAACCGGUCCGAGACGCAGGUAAAUCAAGCCGACACAAGAAAGCGGACGUGGGACCUCCUAUCGUAGAGGAUGGGCGGAUGGCUGAAUUGGAUGAUAAUCAGCAAAUGGUGGUUGAAGACUUUGUUACAAAUGCCAAGCAGUUCUGUCAACAAAUCAUGAUGGAAAAGAACCUUCGCAAUCAACCCUUUUCCGAUGCCAUGCUGCGUGAGAUGGCAAUACAUCUUCCUGAAGAUACCAACAGAAUGAAUGAGAUUCCCAAUAUCAAUCAAGAUAAAGUCAGGAUAUACGGUUCUAGAUUCUUGAAGCUGAUUCGAAACUCGAAGAAGCUGCUUUCGGAUAUCAGGUCCAACAACGAGGUCAUCCAUGAUCCUAACCAUACAAACGUCAUCAAUCUUGACAGUGAUGAUGAAUACGGCGAUGACGAAGACUUCAUGUUCUCCCUUUCGCAAAUGGAUACGAACGACMCCAGCCAGUACUUUGACACAUCUGCCAGUCAAAACAGGGUGCCAUCCACUCAAUAUGGGCCAUCUACGAGCGGUAGGAAGGCAACGAGCAGAGCGCCUUCUGCACCACGCAGUCGAGCCCGCGGCGGUGCACAGCGUACCAGCAGCGGAUCAUCAUCGAAACGAAGAAAGGCACCGUGGGAUCCAGAAGCUUAUCGUCACCCUGGCAAGGGAAGCAGCAAAGGCUACAACAAUCGAGGUCGUGGAUCAUCAUCUUCCGGCGGUUAUAACAACUAUCGUCGGUCAACAUCAACUAAUGCUACUAACAAGCGCAAGACGAGUACCAAACCCUCUGGGCCAGCGAUUGAUUUGAUGCCAACAUGA